AAACCUAAAACAAAUAGAAAAAACCAGGAAAAUUCUCUUCUUUGGUUUCGUAUUGGAUUCACCAAUCUCACUCUGCCGCCUUUUUUUCUUCUUCUUCUUUCUUUCAUCUCUGUUCUGAGUUAAGCUCUCUCAAAGAAGAAGAUGAUCAUGAACAAGAAAUGGAAGCUUGUAAGGUUAAGACAAGAGUUUCAUGUUGUUGCUUUGUUGAUAUUAUCAUGUCAAAGUUUUGUUUGUUGGUCGUUAAAUGAAGAAGGGUUGGCUUUGUUGAGAUUAAGAGAGAAAGUGGUGAAUGAUCCGUUUGGUGCUUUGUCGGAUUGGAAACAACAAGAUGGAGAGGUUGACCAUUGUUCUUGGUUUGGUGUCGAGUGCUCUGAUGGCAAAGUUAUUGCUUUGAACUUGAAAGAUCUUUGUCUUGAAGGAACAUUGGCACCUGAGCUUGGAACUCUAGUUCACAUUAAGUCUAUUAUUUUGUGGAACAACUCUUUUACCGGAGUUAUCCCCGAAGGGAUCAGAGAACUGAAGGAAUUAGAGCUGUUGGACUUGGGAUACAAUAACUUCAGCGAACUACUUCCAUCUGAAGUCGGCUGCAAUCCUUCACUAACAAUCAAUAGGAAUGUCGGCCAAUCUGAAGGUGCAGUGCAAAGGGGAUUGCUGCAACAAACACCUACAACUUCUGCAAUGUCACGAGAAACACCCUCUUUUGAUUUUAGUAUGCCGCCAUCUCCUCAUGGACCUCCAAAUCCAACUCCUCCCGCAUCUUCUGAACAGCCCACAAAUAAUACAUAUUUAAGAGAUGCUCUUCCUGUUCCACGACCUUCAUCCGUUCCAGCCUCUAAACCUUCUCAAAAUAAUACAGUAGUACCUAAUGCUUCCACUCCACCGCCAUCAAUAAUCAAUCCUUCAAGUUCUCACUCUAGAUCAAAUCAUCGAUCUGCAAUACUGGGCGGAAGCAUAGGGGGUGCCGUAUUGCUUCUGAUAGUAAUAAUCAUUGCAUAUCUCUUAAAAACUUAUAAGGUAUCUACCGUGAAACCUUGGGCCACAGGGCUAAGUGGACAACUUCAGAAAGCAUUCGUAACUGGUGUACCAAAGCUGAAGAGAUCAGAGCUUGAAGCAGCCUGUGAAGAUUUCAGCAACGUAAUUGGUUCUUCAACAAUCGGAACUGUGUACAAAGGGACACUGUCUACCGGAGUUGAAAUAGCUGUGGUCUCUGUCCCAGUUAAAUCUGCCAAAGAUUGGCCGAAGAACUUAAAAACACAGUUCAGGAAGAAGAUCGAGACGUUAUCAAACGUGAACCACAAAAAUUUUCUCAAUCUUCUUGGAUAUUGUGAGGAAGACAAGCCUUUCACUAGGAUGAUGGUUUUUGAAUACGCUCCAAAUGGCACACUCUUUGAGCAUUUACAUAUUAAAGAAUCUGAGCACUUGGACUGGGCUACGAGGCUGAGAAUUGCGAUGGGCAUGGCUUAUUGCCUUGAACAUAUGCACCAGCUAAACCCCCCUGUACCCCAUAACAACCUGUCCUCCUCAGCUGUCAAUCUAACAGAAGAUUAUGCAGCCAAAAUCUCAGAUCCGUGUUUCUGGAAUGAGUUGACUUCAUCGGAGAGGGAACCGGACAGAACAAACCUUUCUGAUACUACAGCAGCAAGCCUAAAAUGUAAUGUUUAUACCUUUGGUGUACUAUUAUUUGAAAUAGUAACGAGUAGGAUGCCUUACUUGGUGGAUAAUGGUUCAUCUGACGAUGGGUCAUCAGACUAUUUGAGAAGGGAGCAAGCCCUCAUAGAGAUGGUUGAUCCUACUCUAAACUCCUUUGACAGGGACCAACUUGACAAGAUUGGGGAGGUCAUAAAAUCUUGUGUCGACCCUGAACCUGGACGCAGACCGGAUAUGAAACAAGUUGGUGCAAGAUUGAGAGUGAUUACUGCAAUCGCACCUGAUGAUGCAAUCCCAAAACUCUCUCCUCUUUGGUGGGCGGAGCUUGAGAUCAUGUCUGCUGAAGCAAACUAGAGGAUGGACAUGACUUUGUAAGUAGCAAACUUGGACGUUUUCCAGAUCUUGCGUCGGUGGAGAGGCAAAAAGAGGUUUGCCUGGUCAGCCUUGGUUGUAUUUAUUUUAAAGUAAUGGAAAGUUUGUUGUAAAUAUUUGAGAUAGAGAGAAAAUUCGGGUCCUUGUUUGGCUUUCAGUGUGAAUAUACAUAAAAGAAAACAGAGACGUAAUUGCAACCCUCUUGAUUU